GCGUCCCGCCCAGCGCGCCGCGGGGGCUGACGGGAAGGGCGUUCAAAAGACGCCCGGCGGGGAGCGGCGCCGGGCCCGUGAUGGAGUCAGCGGCCGACGGGCCGGCACAGCCGCGACCCAGCACCGGGCGGCCGUCCUGGGGGCUGCCCUUCGGAAGGGCGCGCAGGCGCUCCGCGCUCAGCCCCAGCAGCCGGCUGCCCCCGGCGCCGCGGCGCACGCAGGUGAAGGCCGGGGCGGCGGAGGUUGCGGAAGACACCCAGAGAACGGCGUUUCUCCUGCGCAAGCAAUGGACCUUGUACAGCGUGACUCCCCUGUACCGGUUCUCCGAGGCUCACCUGAGGGAUUAUUCGCGGCUCCUCAGCGCCUUCGUCGCCGCCGAGAAGAAGAAAGGGCUGGCGGUGGAGAUAGGGGGUGAGCUGGACAUCAAGGUGUCUGUCACCAGCCUCCCAGACCUGAAAGGCAGCGACCGAGACCAGGCAGCCAUUCUUGUGCAGCUUUCCUCGAGAUCAUCAGCAUCCCCAAAAAACUCUGAAGAGAAAGUGAUAUGGUCGGGCUGGUUCUGCUGUGUGGCUGGAGAUGAGCUUUCUGAGAACUUGCCAGAGGCUUUCACUUGUUUACCUCUAUUCCUUGUCAACGGGGCAGAGAGUAACACGGCCAUUGUUGGAACCUGGUUUCAGAAGACUUUUGACUGCUGCUUCCGCCGUUUGUCCCUCAGCCCUUUCAAUCUCAGUUGGAUGGCAGCCAUGUGGACUGGAUGUAAAGUAGACAAACCCGCAUCUGCCACAGAACUUGUUUUCUCUGUCCCCCGCCUGCCCCAUCCUCUGCAUAUUUCGUACGCCAUUAAUCUGGAGGAUGCCCAAGCUCUGUGGGCUACAAUCCAAAAAACUCCAGGAGAGAUCACUCAAGAAGAGGUGGAUGUGUUUAUGGACUGCCUUUAUUCCCACUUCUACAGACACUUUAAGAUUCACUUGUCAGCCACAAAACUGGUGAAAGUUUCUACAGCAGUUGCCUCAGCACACUGUGAUGGGAUUAUAAAGUUUCGCCAAAGUCAAUACCUAACUGGAGUGCUGAUGCUCCUGACAGAACUAGCAAUCUGUCAGAUACAGUGAGACUCGUUUCGGCAAAUCUUCACGUUAAAAAGGCUUGCUAUUGGAAGAUGUAUACUGAAAAACCGAUUGUAAACUCAUUCCUGUGGCAUCUUCUUUCCUUUUGUCCUGGCUGUCCAGAGUUGGACUUUAAAACUCCUGCACUCAUCCCCAUACCUUGCUGUAAUUCAAUGCUGCACACAGACAAGACAUGCAGCUGUUUUGCCCUAAAGCAGCAGCUACUAGAAGUUUGUAUCAUAGUCACUCUGUUCAUUUCUGUGUAGUUAUCAGCCAGGGGCUAGGAGAUGAACUCUGCAAGUUCUUGGAUGUUGCUUAUUGACAGGUCUUUCUGUUGUUUCUAGUUGAGUUUUCACUGAACUGGAUAGCUUAAGCUAUACAGACCUUAGCCUUAGCUAAACAGUGACUAGUCUUGGGCCAGUCUAAAUGCAAAGUCAAGCCCACUGCAGAGAAGGUGCAUGCUCUACAACCCAGGGCAGCAAAAUCCAUGUGUUUCUAGCUCACUGAGGCCAAAUGGUUAAGUGUUCAUUGACAUCCCAGUUGGGCUGAGAUGAACAGCACAAGACUGACAAGUGCCUUUUGAUCCUCUCAGACACAUUAAUACAUAGGAAACUGAGGUCUGUGUAUGCAUUAGUUAUUUGCUGUGCUUUGCCUGAUGGUUGUUGUCUUGGAUGUGAUCUUGUAGGCCAGAGAAUGCUUGGAGUUGGAGCUAGGGAUGCUAAACUUUUAUAUUAGAUCUUUCCCUUGUACAGCAGGUAGGAGUUCAGAGAGCUAGUGCAGAGUGCCUGGCUACAACCAAAAUGGGCAAGAAAGGAAGUUGAAUAAGUACAUGUAAAAUGUUAUGAUUUUUGUAUCACAGUACUAAAUAAAGACAAUAUUUGUCAUCUUUUGCUAAUAGAUUGGUCUUAAGCAAAGUAAAGACUACCUAUGCCUGGUUAAAUAUA